AUGUCGUCGGGUCAAGAAGCUGAGGCCCCACCGGCGGAACCAACGGCCUCCCAGCAUGCUGCCGCCGAACCCACCUCCGAGUCCAAGGUCGACACGCCCGAGCUGGAUCUCGCCAAGCUGCAGUCCUUGCCGCCCGAGCAGCAGGACCUGUUUCUGCUCUCCUUUGUGUCCGACUUGAGAAAACACGUGUUGGCGCUUGCCGCAGACGACUGCACCGCCCAGCAGUUCUACCUGAAACGAGAGAUCUUCCAGAUCAUCAACCUCACCUCGCCUCAACCGUCGCGAGUCGUCCGGAACAAUAUUGGACCAUGUCUGGCGCACAUCCUCAGCAAGGGCGACCGCAAGCUGUUGUUCGAGACCAUCAACGACCUUGUGGCCGUCGCCUCGGGAAGCAAACAAAAGUCGGACGGCGAGACGCGCGCCAAGCACGCCGCCGUGAGUUGCUUGGGCGAUGUCUUUGCCGCUGCCGGUGACAGCGCCAUUGGCCUGCAUCAGAUUUCGUGCACCACCCUGCUUAGGGUCCUCAAGACAUCGUCCAACAAUGCCGGCAUGCGCGCCGCCGCUCUGACGGCGCUCGGCAAGAUCGUGGGCAUGGUCCAGGGCUCCGUGGAUGAAGGGCUCGCGCGUGACAUUUGGAAGCAAGCUAAAAACUACGCCGCCAUUGACAAGGGCGCCAAUGUCGUGGUCGCGGCAUGCCGGUGCCUCAAGACUCUGACCAAGCAUACACCCUACUUCCUCAACUCGACCGACUUUGACAAGCUUGAGACGGCCGUAUUCAAGGCAAUCGACUCCCCCUCGGUUCAGACGAAGAAGAACAAGGGGAAGCUGAAGCUCGUCUCGGCUCACACUGGGAUCGCACCUGACGAUGACGAGAUUCCGGCGCGCUCGGAAAGCCCCGCUCCGUCCGGUAGGCGAGCUCAAGACCUUGCGCUGACGCUACCGGACAUGAUGAAGCUCUUGUCUAGUCAGUAUGUCAAGCCGGCAGCUUCCAACAGGGCUCGGGCUGCCAUUGGAGUCUGCUACGGGAGGUUGUUUCGUCGCCUGGGUGAGAAGAUGGUCCAGAGCAACUAUUUGAAGAUUGUGGAAAGCCUCACUGUCGACAUUCUGGGCCAUGCGACUGUGAGCAACAACCGUUUCCGUCUCCUCAUGUCGAGAAGGAUCGUGGAAACUAUUUUGCAAGACAUCAUCGGACGCAAGAUCCUCGGAGAAUCUGGGCAGACCUCGGUGGCCGAGUCGCUGAUCAACAACAUCUUGAAGAACUAUCCACAAGCGCUGACCGAGCGACCUGAGCCCUCGAAGCAUACCUUGAUUGUCGCCCUUGGCGCCGUCGCCUCCCUCAUCGACUCCCUCGGAUCUGCCGCCAACGGCUUUGCAGACUCUUGCCGAGAUGGGCUGCUGCAGGUGCUUCAGCACCCGAGCUACUCGAUCCAAGUCUUUGCAUCCUACUGCAUGAAGACGUUUGUGCUUGCGUGCCCUCAGCAGCUGUUGCCUUGCAUGUCCGUCUGCAUGAACAGCCUGACUCGGGAGCUCUCGCUGCUAGGGGGUGGACGCAGCUCUCCGAGACGCUGUCUCGGCUUCGCGCACGGCUUGGCGGCGGCGCUCAGCGCGAGCCCCCUACAACCCCUGCACGGGUCUGUCGACAUCAACAGCCGUGUGCUCACAAUGGCCACCAACUUGCUCAAGUCGAGCGGCCAGUCGGAGCUGCGCACCUCGAGCACCCAAAUCCAGGUCGCCUGGACCCUCAUCGGCGGACUCAUGUCGCUCGGCCCAAACUUUGUCAAGAUCCAUCUCUCGCAGCUGCUGCUUUUGUGGAAGAAUGCGCUGCCCAAGCCCUUGGCCAGAGACAACACCGCGACGAGGAGCCUGCUCGAGGCGUCGUUUCUCACCCAUGUCAGGGAGUGCGCGCUGGGAUCCAUCUUGGCCUUUCUCCAAUUCAAUAGCCGCCUGUUGACGGUCGACGUCUCGAAGCGCAUUGCCGCCAUGUUGCAAAGCACAUCUGCAUUCUUGAGAGCCUUGCCAACCAAGAAGACGACGGACGAUAUUUCACAGAGGCUGACGCCGGCCCUUCAGCUGCAGGACCUAGACAUGAUGGUGCAGCGCCGUGUAUUGCAGUGCUACAUCAAGCUCGUCAACCUCAGCCCGGCGGGUGGGAGUGAAGCCUUGCUGCAAUCGAAUCUGCUCACGCUUGCCAUCUCUCUGUUUGCGGACCCCGAAAACUACACGCCCAACUCGCUGAGUGCUUCGAUAGCCAAUGCGGCGGCUACAUUUGAGUCGAUCUGGGAGGUUGGCGAUAACAGCGGCUUUGGUAUCACGGGGCUGGUUUCUGGGUUCCAAGUCAGGAAGCUGCCGGGCCAGCAUGACAGCUCAACGGAAGGCGACGUGGGGAACGUCGGUCCGGAGGAGGCCAUCGAUCGUCUCUUUAUGUCUCCCGUCUGUGGCAGCCUGGAGCAUGAUGCGUCGAUGCUGUACAUUGGGAACAUAGAUGAAGGGCCCCUGGUGCUACCCGAUCCUCCGGCCACCGAGGUCAUCAACAACGCCAUCCAGCUCUUCGCAUUCGCCUUUCCCCUUACACCGGCAAAGGUCCAAGAAAGCGUUUUGGAGCAAAUCAAAACCUUUGCAUCCGCAGGCCCCCUUCAGAGAGAUCCCGGCCGCAAGGCAGCCAUCAACGUCAACGUCGCGGCGGCAAUUCUCUCGAGCAUGAGAGUUGCGGUCAGGGAGACCAGGUCGCCACCAGGCAACAUCACCAAUCCCGCGGUGGAGCGACUGUUGCAAGACAUUGUACGGGACUUCGUCCUCGACCCAGAUCAGUACGUGAGGGGGCUCGGGUACGCUGCCGUCGCGAGGCUUUGCAACGUGUACGGGAAUGCAUUUACGAACAACGAAAUCAAGUUUCUCGUCGACACCAUUGUCGGCAAUCGUGAGCCGAGCGCCCGAGCCGGCUGUGCCAUGGCCCUCGGUUCGAUCCAGACCAAAGUAGGCGGCAUGGCGGCUGGCUAUCAUCUGAAGACGAUACUCGGUAUUCUCAUGUCAUUGUGCAACGACCCCCAUCCCAUUGUCCAUUUCUGGGCACUGGAAGCCUUGUCGCUGGCUGCGGAUGCAGCUGGGCUCAGCUUUGCCGGCUAUGUCCCUGGCACCCUCGGAAUGCUCGCUCAGCUAUACGUGUCGGAGACCCAUCACUCGGAAAUAUCGUCGGCAAUCACCAUGAAUCUCGAGAUGGGACUCCCGACGACGUCGGCGCUCGCAAGAUGUGUCGACUCUCUCAUCAAUGUUCUCGGACCAGACCUUCAGGAUGCCAACAAGUCUCGGGAGCUCAUCUUCAGCCUCGUUGGCCAAUUCCAGACCGAAAGCGAUGAGCUGGUCGAAAAGGCUGCCCUGGGUUGCUUGGAACAUUUAUCCCUCUAUGCCCCUAAUCAGAUGCGUUUCGCCGACUACGUCAUGCUCUUGCAAAAGUACCUCUCUUCGGACAACGCAACACUCAGGGACGUCGCUGUGGACGGGCUCUACAACAUCAUGAAGAGGGAACCGCGAGAUGUGCUCCGGGAAGCAGACAAAGGAUUCGAAGAGCAGCUCUGGCUUGUGCUUGACACCGUUCCUUCUCACGACGGCAUCCGUAACAUUAUCCGGAACUGGAUGCACCAAACUUGCCUCACCGAAACGGGCGAUUGGCUGCACAGGUUCCAGGCGGUUCUCAAGAUGACUCGGUCAAAGCAGGAAGAGACCAACAUCUCGAAGCCCGCCAGUGGGGUCCCGGAUUUGCAAGACGAAGAAGUGGCUGGGUUUGCAGCGGUGGCCGGCGCCGCGAAAGAAAAAGGGAAUCCCGCGCAAUCCGAGGCCGAGCCUUUGCGAUGGCAGGUGACGACAUUUGCCAUCAACUGCAUCAGCGACAUGUUUGCCAUUGUCACCAAGGACGUCGCGGCGAACGGAGAGUCGCAAGCGCAGAUGGCCCUGCAGAGCAGAGUAGCGGACGUCGUUCGCAUGGCUUUCUCCGCCUCGACGUCCAACGUGUUGGAGCUUCGCAUUUGGGGCUUGAAGAUCAUUGGUGCAGUCCUCAAGAUGUUUGGCAAGACCGCCGACCCGGACUUUGAAGAGGCCAUGCUGUUGGAGCAGUAUCAAGCGCAGAUAAGCUCGGCCCUGACUCCGGCGUUUGCCGCGGAUUCGUCGCCAGAACUGGCCUCGGAGGCCGUCAACGUGUGCGCCGGCUUCAUCUCCAUAGGAAUCGUCACAGACGUCGACAGGAUGGGCCGGAUUCUCAAGACCCUCGUCAACGCCUUGGAAAACUUCUCCAAUGAGAAUGACAAUGCGGGCAUCGGAGACUUGCGAGGGCUCAGCUCCAAUGCCCAGGUCAUGGUCAAGAUAUCAGUCUUUUCCGCCUGGGCGGAGCUCCAGGUUGCCAGCUCCGAGCAGAAAUACCUCCUCGAGGUGCUCAAGCCUCACAUCGGGACGCUGGCGCCACUCUGGCUUGAGUCGUUGCGCGAAUUUGCCAGGCUCCGGUUUGAGCCGGAUAUCUCCAUGACACUAGGCCCGCCGUCGCUUUCCGGCAGCCUCGACACGAUAUAUGCGGCGCUCAACCGCGAGACCCUUCUUCGAUUCUACGAAGAAUCCUGGCUCAAGCUUGUGGAUGCCAUUGCAAGCCUCAUCGAACAGGAUAGCGAGUUUGUUUUUGAUGCACUCGACGGCAAAGAAUCCCACGAGUCGGCGCCAAAUGGCAGCAGCAAGACCCCGGCAAUCAAUUAUCGUGACGAGCCUGUGGCGUUCUUCUUCGUGCUCUUCGGCCUCGCCUUCGAGGCUCUCGCCACCAGACCGGGCCAGAGCGAGUCCCUGGAGUCACAGGAACAGACUCUGGACAUACUCGAGGCGUUGAAGAGGAUCCUGCGCCCAAGCGUUUCCGGCCAUGCUAUUUACCGGCCUGACGUCUUUUCCGAGACGAUGGAUCUGUUGGAUCGCCUUGUUCUCACCGACGGCCUCAAUAUCCAAGCCGUAAUUGUGGAGAUUGCCAGAGCUCUGUGCGUCACUCAUCCUUCGGCUCAGAGACAGGCAUCGGAUGAAGGCGAUCUUUCCGAAGACAUUGACCAAUUGUUCGAGCUCACGAGAAUCAUUGUGCUUGUUCUUUCCGGCUUGAUGCCCAACCUCUCCGAAGGCAACCAGCCUGUGCGACAUCAGAUGAACGAAGAGGCCAUUGCCCUCAUCCGCACGUCGCUCGAUGCCCUUGUCGACGCCGCCGAAGUCUUCCCGUCGAUUAUCAAGAUGGAUCUUUACGCCUGUAUCACUCACAUCUAUGCCACGAUUCUCGCCACACCCAGCUGCCAGGAAUUGAUCGUCCCGCAGUCCCUUGCGACGCUCAAGCGGUUCAUGGCGAGCAUGUCCAAGGCAGUAGACGAACGCUCUUUUAGCCCCGUGCAGCUGCAAGGCUGUCUUCGUAGAUUCCUGUCGGUCUACCUGAAUGCACAGAAGCGGGAGGAGCCCACGUCUCUGGCGUGCGUCAAGAACUGUCUCCUGGCCACGACGAUACUUUUCACGAGCGGCAAGAAUCAGUUGCCUGCCACGGAGCCUCUUGUUGGGCGCUAUCUGGAAGAGAUGUUGGACUGCCUCACGGAUCGAAUGACGGCCAAGAUUGCAGCCAACUGCAUCCGAUCGCUGCUGCUGCAGUCAAAGCCGACGGCAGCGGACCUGAGCAUUGCGCGCUACCUUUUCCCCCGCCUGGUCUCCUUUGUGACCAACGUCGAGGCCGAGGACCCGGAGCGGACUCGCGCCCUGCUCGCACACACGCUCUGUCUCUACGUCGGAUCCCUACAGCUAGACCGUAGGACAGUGGCCAUGUCUGUCGUGAUCCCGACGCUCAUGGCUCGCGCGACCGGAGAGGGCGAAGAGGUGUACGAGGAGACAAGCGCGAGGCUGUCGGAGCUGGCGGCCGUCGACCAGGGCGCGUUUAGGGCCGUUGUCGGCGCCAUGAGCGGCAGCCAGAGGGCGUUUUUGGAGGAGGUCAUCAGGUCAGGGCGGCAGGCUGCGAACGGCUCGGACAAGGCCUCGGCCGACGCUUCUCAGCAGCCGAGCAUCACGCUGAAGAUGGACUUUGGCGGUUGA